AUGUAUGAGAAACGACAACAACAAAAAAAAAAUAAUUUACAAUUCAAUUCAGACAAAAAACAAAAAUUAGAGGAAUCUACUCAAGAAAAUGAACAAAAUAAUAUGCCUUCUCAAAUGCCUCAACCAUCUCAAUCAGAAACUUACAAAGAAAUAGAACCUAUUACUACACUUGAUGAUAAUAGAACCACUUCUUUUGAUGAUGACAAUAUGAAUGAGACAACUCCUGAUGAUCAGUAA